AACACAUAGUUUACUGAACACAAGCUCCCCCCGCGCUGCUGAAGCGGUUUCAAACUUGCAGCUGUUUGUUCUAGCGUAUUAAUACCGCGUCCCUAGCUCAUCGAAGACUCUGUAGCCAUGGAGGCACAAAUAGAGAAGCCUGAGGCAGAUGCGGAGCUGCCGCGAGCGCUAAUUCGGCGAAUUGUCAAGUCUAAACUCGCACUCCUCGCGGGCGACGAUGCAAAGGAAUUCAGUGUGAAUAAGGACGCUCUUACAGCACUUGCAGAGUGCACCAAAGUCUUCAUAAGCUGCUUGGCAUCGACUUCCAAUGACAUUUGCCAGGAGAAGCGGCGGUCAACCGUGAACGCUGACGACGUGCUCACGGCGCUGCACGACCUGGAUUUCCCAGAGCUCGUGGGGCCCCUGCGGGAGCAGCUUGAAGCCUUCAAGGAGGCAGCAAAGGAGCGCAACAAGAACCGGCAGCAGGCCGGCGGCAACAAGAAGCGCAAGAGCGGCGCCGCAGCCGACGAGCCGCCCCCAGUGGCGCCGCGCAGCUCUCUGCAGGCGGCGCCAGCGGAGGCCGCGCCGGAGGCUGAGGACGGCAGCGGCGGCGCGGGCCCCAGCCAUGCCGACGACGACGACGACGGCGCACUGGUGCCGGGGACCGGCAUGGGCAUUGGCGGCGCCGGCGGCUUUGGCGAGGACGGGCUUGGAGGCAUCGGGCUGGGUGUGGGCAUGGGCGUGGGCGUGGGAUUAGACGCGCCGGGGCUGGCGCUGUCUCCUGGCGGCCUGGCGAUGGGCGGCGCGGAGGCCGGCGCGGUGGCGGCGGCGGAUGUGGCGGCGCACCCGCAGCAGCAGGAAGCGGCAGGUGCUGCUGCGCAACAGCAGCAGCGAGCAGUGGAGGAAGUGGCGCCGGAGGCGGUGGUGGAGGAGGAGGUGCAAGUGGAGGACAUGUUGGUCGACGCGCUGCCGUGAGGCGGGGCGGCGGCACAGUGCGCCGAGGCCCUUUUGUUCGGGAGGGCACACACGGCGCAGGGGACAAUGCCAGACUGGGGAUAAGGGACUGGGCAGAGGACCAGUUGGGAUUUUGGGGCUCGGUCCGGUCCUGAUGCUGUGAUGGAUGGGUGGAUGGACACAGCCUGUUUGUGCCGUCUGAGGGACCGCUGCUCGCAGCGGGAGUCCGGACGUGGCCUCUAUACCGGUUGUUGCGGGCGGGCUAGGACUGGGGAGAGGAGAGGCGGCAAGUUUGGCGGCCGCCAGGCGAGCCGGCCGCACCAGGCAAGAGAUAAGGGCCGCCAUGAGGGGCUUGCGUUGAAACAUUGGGUGUGGCCCGCGGACAGGAGGCCGCAGUGCAUAUGUGUGCGUGAGGGCAGGACGUACGGCGGAUGCAGGAGCGAGUGCGCCGUUCGUGCGGGGUCGGCACCUGUGGAAACAUUUACGAGCAGAAGAGUGUCAGCCGCGGCCGUGGGCAGUUCGCAGCUGGCCGCCCGUGGGUGGUUUUGCGCACGUGGUGCCGUCUUGCGCCAAGCAACUGCUGCGUUACUGUAUCAUUGAUGGGAUUGCACUGUGGCGUCGUCAAUACAAGAACGCAGCAGUGACACGGCGGCACUCUUUCUUGAACGAGGUCUCUUUCGCACGAUGCCUGAGCUCUGUGCAGCAGGCAAUGGGUGUCUUACUUUUUGAAGAAGACAUGGGUUUUUAAGACCGGGAGAGUAUUCGAGGGGUUCGGCCGUUUCAGUGACUUCUCAGUUCUUGGUUUUCACUCUUUUGUGUGCAUUGGUCGCGGUGCCC